GAUGGCUCUACCAGUAGCAUGGUGCAUUGUCGUCUGCUAGGACAGUGGAAUAGCUCAGUAGGUAGUGAGUUGGAUCGUCGUCUGCUAGGACAGUGGAAUAGCUCAGUCAGUAGUGAGUUGGAUUGUUGUCUGCUAGGACAAUGGGAUAGCUCAGUAGGUAGUGAGUUGGAUCGUCGUCUGCUAGGACAGUGGAAUAGCUCAGUCAGUAGUGAGUUGGAUUGUUGUCUGCUAGGACAAUGGGAUAGCUCAGUAGGUAGUGAGUUGGAUUGUCAUCUGCUAGGACAGUGGAAUAGCUCAGUCAGUAGUGAGUUGGAUUGUUGUCUGCUAGGACAAUGGGAUAGCUCAGUAGGUAGUGAGUUGGAUUGUCAUCUGCUAGGACAGUGGAAUAGCUCAGUCAGUAGCGAGUUGGAUUGUCGUCUGCUAGGACAGUUGAAAAGCUCAGUCAGUAGCUAG